AUAUACACUUUCAGAAGCUGUGCGUUUUAAACAGAUUGGUUCUUGAAGCUAAGCAUUGCAGGCUAGGCAAUCCCUGAUUGGUGGUUAACUGCCAUCAAUUAACAGCAAGGUGUUACCUUUCCUUGGUGCCAUCCAUGGCGCCAUCCGUCCCCCACUCCCCUGUGCUCUGCAAACACGCCUCAUCAUGUUAAUUGUUGUCUAGACAAGCUCGAGCACAUUCCCCUCAGCUAACUGAUUGCCACGCAUGGUCCUAGUUUCCAGCCCGCUCCUGCAAGGCAGCAGCAAUUUGAGGAAUAACUUCUUUUAAAAAAACCUCCAAAUCAGGCCUAUAGUAAAACUGUUCUGCCCUGGAAGCCUGAUAAUACCUACUUCAAAGUAAAUCCCCAAAUCAUGGAGAGAUGAGGAUCUCUCACCAGCUGAAAGGGGUAUAAUCUCCUUAUUCACUCUUACUGCACUGUUUUACUGCUAAUGUAGAUUUAGCACUGAAACACUCGACAGUUUCCACUGAAAUUCCUGGAAGACUCAAAACUAAAGCUGUUAAUCAGCUGUCAAGGUACUUUGCUCUGUCUGCUCAGAAGCCAGAGAAAAAUAAAAAUUGUCAAUUAAGAGAAACAAAUAAAUUAAUAAGAAUCCCAGAAUCUUGUCCUAGAAAGAUGGACUCACACUGUCAACAGCAUAAAACCAACUGCUAUUCUUGUAAAAAGUCAGCAUGUUAUUUUCAUUUACACUUGAAGCAUUAAUUUCAUACCUGUCAUCAAGAUUCAUGAGAGUGUCCUAGGCUUACCACUGCUUGCUGGCUAUCACAAAAGACCUGGGUUGAUCUGGGGUUUCUCAUAAGUACUCUUCUUCUGAAAUGUUAUCUUUAAAAAGGUAACACCCAUGGAAUCCAUACAUCAGUUCCAGUGACUUUACAAGUCACGGAGUUAGCAGUGCCCUCAGAGAAGUAAGAUUUUGUAAAAAACCCUGAGAUCAGAACCAGGACAUGGCAUUUCACCUUCUCAACCAUCCAAUUCCUUAAUAGCAGCAAUGUGCAUUUACAUAUCAGAUGGCACCACAGAUCCAUGACAAAGUUGUUCUUUUUAUUCCCCUUCCGUGUUAUACUAUUAACAAGAGAUACAUUCAGAACACAGAAUAUUCAAUCAGUUGACAUUUUGCUCCCCCUGCCCCCCAUGAGGCAAGGAUGGGGCAGAGACUGGUUUUGACAUCACAUGGAUUUUCUGUAGGUCUCAGUUCUGAUUCUGACAAGAACAAACAGGACCCUUUAGUUAUCACCGUCCCCCAGAAGUGGAGCUUUUCUUCAAGAAAACACGUGAUCUGACAAUGAGCUCCACAACAUUUUCAGAGUACUGCACAAGGGCUGACAUUUCGCUUGGGAAUGUGAUAGACUGUGAUAGCGUAACUUACUGUUUUACACACACGGGUACCUACAAAAACUUCCCCUGCAUCUCUUUCACCUUUGAAACUCCCAUGGAGUUAAUCUGGGAUAAUAUAGGAGAAACGCUGAGACAUUUGGCCAAAUAAGUAAAUUUAUGCUUCUCACCAAUGUUCAUUCUUUCUCCUUCCUUUAUUUUUCCCUCCAAAAAAGGUGGUGUUUCAAACUUUAGUGGGUCUAGCAAAAACAGUUAGACCCUUGUGGUGUUAAUCACAGAAUGGCUGAGGUUGGAACUCUGCAGGUCAUCUCAUCUAACACCCCUGCUCCAGCAGGGCCCCCAGUUGCUCAGGACUGUGUGCAGACAGCUUUUGAAUAUCUCCAAGGAUGGAGACUCUGCAGCCUCUCUGGACAACCUGUGCCUGGGCUCAGUCACCCUCAUGGCAAGAAAGUGUUUCCUGGUGUUCAGCUGGAGCGUCCCAUGUUUCAGUCCGUGUAUGUUUCAGUCCAUGUCCAUUGCCUCUGGUCCUGUCACGGGGCACCACCAUGGGAAAACGUCCAAACAAAGAUUAGAUUUUUACCAUAAUUAGACAAAACACACAAGCAGAAAAAUGGUUUGGCUCUUCCCAGCCCUGCACUAGCUAAGAAUAUUGAUGUAAGGACUUUUAAUCUGAUUUCCUAAGGAAACGGAUAUUGAUCUAUCACACUGUCUGUUCUUUCCUAUUCACUUUUGAGUCUAUCAAGUCAUUUUCAAUCACAUUUAGAGCCAGCUUCACAGCUUCAAAGAUAAGUGAAAACUUCAAAGUUUGGAGCCCUUCAAACUUAAAAAAUCAGUGGCAGGACAAAGGCACCCAAAUUAACAAUUCAUUGGGACAAAUGACAAGCAGAACAUGGUUAUUUUAUCUUCUUUUUUACUUUCGGCAGUAACUAACACUGCUAGCCGAUCAUAGUAACCAGACCCCCAAAUUAACCCCAGACUGCCAUUUCUUGCCUGCUGUUGUAAAUGGAAUUUCUGUAGCGUGAGGACAGGCAGUUCACACAAAUCCGUAGGAAACCAGGCUUCAUUAGUCCUGCACAGAACUAAACUGUAUUUUCCCUAAUCUAAGACACUUCUAUCAUGGUACAACAACAUCCACCGAUGAGCUCUGUUCCAACUAUGCGAGUUUCCACAGUGUUACAAUGGUGCAAAAAGUGUGCAUAAACAAAGCUAUAGUUGAACACAUAGAAAACCACCAACCCUCUGUCACAACAUAAUUAGCCCUAAAUAGAAACAUGUUUGAAUUUAGAAGCAGUGUGCCCACUCUAGGAGCUUGUACUAAUUAGGCAGGUAAAAUAGUGUUAAGCCAUUUCUCAGAGGGCACGUAAUAAAUGAAAAAAUAAUUUUUUGAGCUGCUUAUUAGGAGGGAAGGAUGCAGACUGUAAGAAGAAUAUGAAAAGUUGUCUCCUUGCCUCUUUCAUGCUAAUUAAUGCAUUCAGAAGCUGUACUGAAAGGAAUUUAAACUCGUGAUAGUCAUAAGAGAACAGAUCAAAGAAGAAAAAAACAGACCAAGUGAAGGGAAAGAAAGCUGCACAUGCCAUUCAGUUAACAGACAGGAUACAGGUCUGAAGGAGGUAAGAGGCCUUUUAUUCUACCCAAGAUUUUCUGUGUUGUUUCAAAAUUAUGCUUCAGAAGAGGCUUGACUGUCUCUAAGCAAACUCUGCAAAUGUUUUGUAUCCUUGGCUAGAAUUCUCUUCAGUGAAGUAAUUGGGUUUUGUACUUUACCUGUGUAAGGCUGGUACAUUAGCUGGAAACUAUCAAGUAGGAUCCGUUGCUGUGCUGUUUAAAUGACAGCACUAUGACUACUUGUGCAUUUCUUCUUUGCUAUAUUUGAUCAAUUAGAUUUUUAACUAUUCACACUGCUUUUAGCUGGAUGAUUAUUCCUUUAAGAAUGCAAAUUAAGAUUAUAAUAUAAAAUUCCCUGCACAUCUAAGUAUAGAUUGUCAGCAGACGUAAAUUAGUAUAACCAUCUGAAAAUCAAUCAGUCUCUGAGAGUUUAGGCUGAUUGAAAACUUGAGCAUUUACAGGAAGUAACAGAAAUAAAGAACAACUACUUUUAAGGACAAUAUUAGUUUUUCUUCUGCAGUUUUUCUUGUGCAGGUAAAUUGCCCUUCUUUCCAUAUUCCUAAGAGAUUUUGCUUCAGAAGUCUGCUGUCACUUAGUACCUAAAGAGACCAUGUUGAAUUCUUCUCUGUUGCACUCAGGUAUAAAUAUCUUGAUGUCAGUGGAGCUAUUCAAAAGUAGGCUAUAGUUAUGGUUUUGAGUUUUGCCUUAAAAUUGGGCAGGUGCAUAUGUAUAUGGAUCUACUCGAUUCUGAAGAUAUCAGAUUGCCCUGACUCCCCCAAAUGCUCCUGUUAAAACAAAUAGGUAAAAAAAAAUUAAAAAUAUAUAUAUUAAAGAUAAAAAAUUAUUUAUUCCACUGAGGCAUUGUAUUCCUAUCCUGUAGGUUUGAGCAGGACCAAGGUCACAAAAUGCCCAGGAGAAACCACCAUGCAGAUGACAACUUUUUCAGAGGGAAAGGACACAGCUAUAUUGCAGCAGAAGAAGCUCUGGGUGUUGGACUCUUCAUUUUGGUCCUGGCAAUUUUACUUAUCUUUGGCUGCUGGUAUUACAAAAGACGUAUUGGCUAUAAAGGUCUGCGGGCAAAGGGCUCUAGUGUGGGUACAAUACGAACCGUCGUAGGUGAAGGAACAAUACUGGACUGCAAAAUGGCUCUGCAGGAGUACAGAAGCUUUAAUUCUGUGGUACCUGAUGCUCCACCAGCUUAUGAAAAAAUUGCUGCAGAUCUGUCACCACCACCUUAUUCACCAUAACACGAAAUCUUAAACUCUGAACAUAUGAUUGGAUUUCUUCAUGCUCCCUCUUAAUUUCCUGUACAUGCUUAACUUUCUCAAAGCUUCAAUAAUUUAACAAAAUCACAUGCUUUCACUAGUAGUUGCUGAAAAUUAUUACUGCUUAGUUUACAGAACUGCUUCUUGAAAUGCCUCAAUAAAUUUGAAUGUGCUUUUGGUUUAAGUUUUUAAUUUCCUGUAGUCAGAUUAAUACACUAUAUUUAAGUCUGGGCAUCUGGCAUCCUUCAUAGCUCUACCAAGAGUAAGUACAUACCAUUGAGUAUCAACCAGAGUAGAAAGUGUUGGCACCUUUGUUUUCAUCUUCCCUUUCUGUA